UUCAUUUUUAUCCAUUUAUUUUAUUUGUCUUCCCUUCUUUGAAGAGUACUUUGCAGCCCUGAAACAGGUCCACAAAAAGGACCAAUGAGAAAGAACAGGCGGUUACAAAGAGAGAGAGAGCGAGUGGAGUAGGAGUCAGUCGUGGGUUCCUCACUUUUUUUUUUGGUUUGAAUUUUUAGUUUUUACUUAACUUAAAACCCCACAAAAAGACAUAACUCAAAGAGAGGGUCUCGCCCUGAGGGACAGGUUUGCAAGGACAAGAUUUUUGUGUAACAUGAGAAAAGAGUUUCAAAAUCUGAAACAAAUAUUUACACUCUAGAAGAGAAGGUGUUGUAAUAAAGCAAAAAGCUCCAAAAAUAUAGCAGACUAAUGAAUCAGGUUGGUUUCUUCACAUAGAAGUAGAGGUAGAAAAGCAGAAGAAAGAGACACCCAUGAAGGAUCAAAAGUUGCAAAGAAAGAAGAGAUAUGUCUGAGAAAAAGACUGGACCCUCUUUGUUUCUAUUUAGAUUCACUUUGACAAGAUAGCUUUGAUCUUUUGUCUCUCUGCACUCUCCUUUCUGUGUUUCUCGCAUCCCUCAGCUGGGUUUUGCUCCCAAGCAAAAAAAAAAAAACCUUUGGCUAUUAAUAAUCAUAACCAAACUGAGUGUUUCUGGUUGGAGAAUGGUCUAAAGAACAAGUCUUGCAUGGCGAACCAUCGAGUUGGAGAGACAGGUUUAACUGACUCAGGACCUUCAAGUCACCACCACCACCAUAUUCCUUAUGCAGUUCUUCAUGGAAUGAAUGUUCCCGCAAGUUUCAUCCAUCAAGAAGGAUCUGCCUUUGAUUUUGGAGAGCUAGAAGAAGCAAUUGUGCUGCAAGGAGUUAAAAUUAGAAAUGACGAAGCUCAAGCACCUCUAUUCACUACAGGCAGACCUGCAGCUACUUUGGAGAUGUUCCCUUCCUGGCCAAUGAGAUUUCAGCAAAUCGAAAUAGGAAGUUCAAAGUCAGGAGGGGAAAGCACAGACUCAGGAUCAGCGGUGAAUACUCUCUCAAGCAAAACUGAGAACCAGCUAGAACCAGAAUCUCCUGUUAGUAAAAAGGCAUCUUCUUCAGAUCAUCAGGCCUUUGACCAGAAGCCUAUGCAGCAACAACUAUUAGAGAUGGCAAGUGAUAUCUCAAGAACAGGAACAUCACAGAAUCAAUCAGCUGCCAAACCACCCCAAGAAAAGAGAAGGGGUUCAACUUCUGAGAAACAGCUUGAUGCUAAGACACUGAGACGUUUAGCUCAAAACCGAGAAGCAGCAAGGAAAAGCCGACUUAGAAAAAAGGCUUAUGUUCAACAACUAGAAUCAAGUAGAAUAAAGCUAACUCAACUUGAGCAAGAUCUUCAGAGAGCACGAUCUGAGGGACUUUUCUUGGGAGGUUGUGCUGGUGCUGUUGGAAAUAUCAGCUCCGGGGCUGCAACUUUUGACAUGGAAUAUGCAAGAUGGUUAGAAGAUGAUCAGAGGCACAUGUUAGAGCUUAGAACUGGAUUACAAGCACAACUUUCGGACAGCGAUCUUCGAACAAUUGUAGACAGUUACAUUUCACAUUAUGAUGAAAUUUUCAGGCUGAAGGGAAUGGCUGCAAAAUCUGAUAUUUUUCACCUUAUAACCGGGAUGUGGACCACUCCGGCGGAGCGCUGCUUCCUUUGGAUGGGAGGUUUUAGGCCCUCUGAGCUCAUCAAGAUGUUAAUAUCACAAUUAGAGCCGUUAACGGAACAGCAAGUGAUUGGGAUUUACAGACUCCAGCAUUCUUCACAACAGGCAGAAGAAGCACUCACCCAAGGCCAUGAACAGCUCCAGCAGUCUCUGAUUGACACCAUCGCUGGCGGUCCAGUCUUUGAUGGAAUGCAACAAAUGGCUGUUGCCUUAGGCAAGCUUGCCAAUCUCGAAGGCUUCGUUCGCCAGGCUGACAAUUUAAGGCAACAAACCCUUCACCAACUGCCUCGAAUAUUGACUACUAGACAGGCAGCACGGUGUUUCUUGAUGAUCGGAGAGUAUUAUGCACGGUUACGAGCACUUAGUUCUGUUUGGAUAUCUCGUCCCCGAGAGACCUUGAUCAGUGAUGAUCACUCAUGCCAAACAACAACAGACUUGCAAAUGGUGCAACCAUCACAGAAUCAUUUCUCAAACUUUUGAUCAAAAAAAAAAAUUCCCACUAGCCAGCCAUGAAUCAGCAAUCAAAAUUCUGUAUAUUCACAAUGAUGCAGCCAUGCAAAUUGGAUUUCAUCAAGCUACUUAAUAUUUUAGAGGAGAUAGGACUAUCUUUUUUAAUCUUGUUUAUUUGUUAAGUUUAUCCUUUGUAAAUGAAAACUCAAUUUUAAUGUGCAUGAGGGAGCUAGUUUUUUCCUUUCUUGAAAGAUAGAUCAUCAGGAACAAUGAA